UCCUUCAUCAGACCGACCCAGUUGUUGGACAAAAGCUUUAGGGCGCAAGCACAGGGAGUCUGGGGGGCGGCGAGGACUGGCGGGAUGGAGGAAAGAGCUGGCAGGGGCGCACCCGUUGCAGCUGGGCAGUUCUGCCCCCAAGACGAGGCCUGUCUGCGGGCAGAGCAAGGGGGUUUGGCCCCUCGAGUCCCAGGAGGGCCCUCGGGAAGAAGCUGCACACUCCUCUUUAGAUAGAGCACAAAGUCCGGGGUGCCGGGAGUCCCGCAGGUCUGUAGCGGAGGUUCCCGGUGUUCCCAGCCUGGGAGGAACGAGCCCCUUCACCGGAGCAUGAGGUAUCAUCUCCCAUCUAACAGGGCUGGGGGGAAAGAAGGGGGCAUUGGGAGCUGCCUGCACAAGCUGUGCCAGGAGCCGAGAGCCAAGGAGAUAAUCCUGCUGUCAAAACACGGCGGCUGCCGGCCGUGCAGAAGUGCGCGGUGGGCGCUUUGUUGCGGAGAUUUGGCCCCAGCAGCAUUUAAUCUCCCUGACAUCAGCACAAGCUUUAAUUAAAGGAGGGUCGGAGUAUCACACAUCAGCAGAUGACAGCGCUGGGGUGGCGUGAGACCAAAUUCCAGACAGAGCAAACACCAGCGUCCUGGCUCGGGGGCUCACCCCCAGUUAUUUGGCUAACCGGGCAGCAGCGUUGUAGUUUGUGUCUACAGAGAUAUCAAAACGAGCAAGGCUGCCCAGAUGGGGCCAAGGCUUCCCGUGCUUUUUGGGGAAGGACUUGUCUUCAGGGGCUUUUUGCCUGGGUUCCCAGCUGUAAGUUUGCAGCUGGGUGACAGUGUGCAUCGGUGGCUAUUUCCAUCACUGAGGAUGGGAAAAUCUCCCUUCCUUGUGCCCUGGGCUGCUAAUGCUGCCCCUUGCAACCGUCCAUCAUUGGGCUCCCGGCGCUUCAGACGGCAGGUGUGUGCAUGUCUUUGGCGAUCCAGGGAAAGGAGAAGGCUGAGUCCAGCGUCCCAAGCCAUGCAUUGCUCUGUCAAUCUGCAGGACAUGGCAUUUUUGGCUCACUUAGUGCAAGCAUCUGCAGAGUGCGGAGGGUGGGAGUUACUGCAGGGGAAACUGAGGCAGAAGAGGCUUACCCAGGGCCAUGUAGUCAGGUAUCAAGCCCAGGUUUCCCUGCCCCUGGGCUGUGAGCCCUGGGAUGCACACAGCUAAAAGGCUGCGUGUGUUUGGACUUGGAAUUCCCCUCGGUGCUCGAGCUGCUUGUUGGAGAGCACCCAGCGCUGGGCCCUCCACUUACCAGCCCUAUUAUUAGAUCCCCUUAACGUCAAAAUAGAACGGCCUGCGUCCCGGGACACUUCCUUUGUGGGAGCGCUCGCUCGGGGGAGCAGGGAGGAGAUGGGAAAGGUCGGCGUGGGAAGAACGGAGCCUCUCCCGUGCGCGCCCGACCCCCAGGCUUUCCCACUGCCUUUCACUUCGGAGGUGCCGGUCUCAGGGCGGUGCAGUGCCAGCCCGCUGCCCGAGCCUGGGCCCUAAGCAGAGAUCCAGCCAGGGGCUAUUAGGAGCAGCAGACCUAUUUACCAAAAUGAUUGCAGAUGCCAGCAUUGUGGAGAAGGAGCGCAAAAGCCAAGUGCUUCCCGGCACACGAGCACUUUCACGCAGCUGACAUUUGCUUCUGCUCUGAGAAGGGACUGGAAUAGUGCCGCUCUCUCCGGACGAGCCGCGAGACUGGGACCAAGGGCUUUUGUUUAAGAAGGGACAGCGACAUGGGGUGGUAUUUCUAGAGGAGCCUCUGGGAUUUAGACACUUGCAGCCUACUGAGAUUCAGUGGAAGCAAGGCACCUAAUCCCCGGGGCUCCUUUGCGAGCUGCAGCCUGAUUUUUUCCAGGACUUUAGUUGCUUUUAGUGUGAAGUUAGCAAAGUUGAAAACGGCAUGCACUAGGACGUUGUUCCAAUGCGUUUGGACAGGCAUCCACGAUGGAGGCAGGUUAGGAUUGCUUCGUGGUCUCCGCCCGGGAGCAUCUCAGGAGACCUGCAGCGCUCUCCUGAUCGGGGCCAUCACCUUCCUGAGCCCACCCUCUCCAGCUGCAUGCCCGCCCGCCGGCCCGCCCACCCGCGAGGGGCAGGCGCUGCAGGCGUCCGUGUUGCGCUGGUGCCCUGCUUUGUUACCUCGAGCACUGUUCCCAGACGUGCCCUGUGCAGAUGGUGCGUCAGUAGCCAGGAUUGAAGCUUGGCUUCAGGAGAAACGUGGUUGUCCAGGCUGCUGCCCUGGACAGCCUCAUCCUCCGCAGCGUAAAUCAAAAGAUGGCAGGUGUUUAACCGAGGAUGUUGUCCAGACCCCACUCGCAGAAACCCAGGCCUUUGCUGGCACCAGAGUCUCUGUCUCCGUCACGUUUGCCUUCCCGGUUCCAAGUCUCUGCCCUGACCGGAGCCUAGCACCGAGGUCCUGCCCUGUGGCCGGGGCAGAGAGGCCGUGAAGCAGAUGUGUGGGGGCCGGCACCCCCAGGUGUCACUCAGCCUGCCCCUUUCCCGCUCGGCCCCUGCCACGCGCCACAAGGAUGCUGCAUCUCAUGUGCAGAUGUGCUGGCGAGGAGGAAGAGGAGGGUGCCGUGUGUCCAUUACCUAAUGAAAACAUCCUCAGCUGCGUCAGGCAGAGGAACAUCUGCUCCGUUUUGCCCCGUUACACUGAAAAUCAGAAGACAGGUCAGCAGCUGAGAGGGGGACCCUGAUAACGAUGCCCCUUUCCCCAACACUUCUCCCGGGCUCCCAGGACACACCUAAAAACCAUGCAGAGAGCUUGCUGGAGACCCCGGCCAGCCCCAGAGCUCAGUGCAGGGAAGCCCUGCACCGUGCGUUUCCCACGGGGCUGCGAGCGAGCGUGAGGCACCCGGAGCCGCGGCCCAAGUGCAAGCAACCCAGGCAGCUCAGUGAGCCACCCGACAGGCAGGUCUCGAGCCCCCGGCGCUUCUCUUCCUGCACUAGGGGUGGUUUGUGCGCGCGGUAGAGCAACAAAACCCUCCGUUCCCCCCCGGCAGCCCCGUCCCUCCAGGCACGGCUUCUCCUCUCUGCUGCCUCCAGUCCAGUCUAUCCUUCUUCCCCCAUCGCUCUUGCCUACGGCUCCCGUAUUGCGCCAGGUGAGGUUCGGCAAAGAGCAUCUCCACCACGCUCGGACCCACUCGACUUUCCUGUUAGCCGCAGAGUAAAGAAGGGGGAUGAGCAUCUCGCUCUGCAUAUUUGUGGCUGGCCAAAACUGACCCGGGUAUUUAAUGCACGCGUGGGUCUUGCAAGGAGUGGGGAGCGCUGUUGUGAGCAGAAGUGGGAACGCACCAGGCCUGGGAGCAGCACCCCGACUCCCCAGGCAGCUGUUGCUGCAAAGAGCUAGGCAGACCUCACGGCAUGUGCCUCUGGCCUGCAGCAGAAGGUGCUGGGGCCCUGGGCGUGAAGACUUUGCUGGCUGUCCUCGGGGAGAAGGGAUCCUUUCGGGCAGCCAUCCUCACGCAGCCCUGGGGCUGGGUAUCAUACACUGGCGCCGGCUGAGCUCUGCAGCCAUGCGCUGCCUGGGAGCGUGCGGCUUGGGGGAGCCGCGUCCGAGGCUGGUUUGUCGUGCCGGCGCCGUGUGCUGCAGCUGAGCGACCUUUGUGGGAGAGGGCUGAUUUGUUUUAGGACUUCCUUGUUUACAGUGCGCCCGGCGCGGUUCCUGUUUAAGGAAGCCAGGGAGGAGGUGAAGCCUUGCUUGGAUUUUCCUUUGCUAAGUGAAAGCAGCCCGGCCAGGGCGGCUCAGGCAGCAAAGUCCCGUCCGAAUCAGCCCAGGGGGAUCUUUGGCACUGCUCCCAGCGCCCCUAACACUGGAAACCCGUGGGAACUGCAGCCCCCAUUGGGCAGUGCUCUCUGGGGCAGAGAUGAGCAAGAUUUUCCACUGCCGCCACUGGGAUCCGGUAAGCAAGCGCUGCUGCAAUCUGCCGUGACCCUUGGGCAGCUGGCAAGGCGCCGGCUGGUGCAGCAAGACAAAGUCUGUGCGCCCUGGCUGAGCAAGCAGCUGGCUGAGACUUAGCACUAGGGGAAAUGCUUCGAGGCAGGGACUGCCUCUUAUUCACCCUCUCCUUGGGGUCUACAACCAGCAAGCGGUAAAAUGGGAGAGGCGGGUGCAAAGCCUGAGCAUCUUCGGUCCCACCAAGGGGCUGGGGCUGCCCUGCACGGGGGCGAAGGCAUGCCAGAAGAGCCCAGCUGUCGAGCACAACUACCAGCAAACAAGCAAAGCCUGGCCCAGCUGCGAGAGCCCACAGCGCGCUGCCGCGCUCUUCUUCCGCAGGGAGUGGGUGGCUUCGCACAGCAAGCUGCAGUCAUUGCUCUCGGAAGGUGUUCCCUGAGGGGCUGCAUCCAUCCAUCCUGACACGAGGUGGGGACGCGCUCCAGAUGUCCCAGGGUCUUCCUGGGGGCGUAGGUGUUACUUUGCUCUGUCGCACUUGGUAAGCCGCAGCUCUGCGUGUCGCUGGAAACUUGAACUCCAGGCAGGAAAAGCCGCAGUGCCCCAAGGUGCCGAUCCCCGCCGAGUGCUCCAGGCUGGGUGCGACGCCUGUGCAAGCUGACACACCUCCGUCAAGCCCCAGCUCGAGGGGCUGGCCAAAAUCCAUGAAAGCAAGAAUAAGUGGCCUCUGGGAGCGUGGAAGGGAGAGUCGGCGGCUGGUGUGGGGAAGGAUGAAGCGGCAGGCGGCGGGGCGAUGAGUCUCCACGGCUGUUGGUAUAAGCAGUCUGCAUUGCCACGGGGAGGGCAGAGGGGCCGAGCAGCGGGAAGUGCGGGAGCCUCGAGGAGCGAGAUCCCAUCCGUGCCCCACGGCCUGCCCCCUGCUCCGCCCUUGUCAGGAGGUUUAUAGCUCCCGGUGUGGCCUGAGGUUUCCGUCCUGCCCAGCAAAAUGCCCCCAACUCCCCUCCACUUUCCAGGCCUUUCCGUAUGAAAGAGGGGAGGGUUUUCUGAAAUGCAAAAUGCGGGGCACGUUUUGCUGAAGACUAAUGCCUGGACUCCCCUGGCGCUGCCGUGUCUCCCUAAACGUUGCGGGAACCCUGCCCUCUCGCUCCGAUCCAGCGGGCCUGGGAUGGAAGGGAAAAGUGAUCCUGUGGCUACGGCGUCGUGGUCGUAACGAUGUCAGUGGUGACGUAGACCCGGUGUUUGGCGACACCGACCAGGUGCGGAUGACGUCGGAGGGCUCCGACUGCCGGUGCAAGUGCAUCCUGCGGCCUCUCAGCAAGGACGCCUGCAGCCGCAUCAAGGACGGCAGCAUGCGGGUAGAGGACUUCUACACGGUGGAGACGGUGAGCUCGGGCGCCGACUGCCGCUGCUCCUGCACCGCGCCCCCCUCCUCCCUCAACCCCUGCGAGAACGAGUGGAAGAUGGAGAAGCUAAAGAAGCAGGCCCGCGAGCUCUUCAAGCUGCAGUCCAUGGUCGACCUGCUGGAGGGAACGCUGUACAGCAUGGACUUGAUGAAGGUGCACUCCUACAUCAACAAGGUGGUGUCCCAGAUGAACACGCUGGAGGAGAGCAUCAAGACCAACCUGAGCAGGGAGAGCGACUUCAUGAAGGAGAGCGUCCUGCACCUGACGGACCAGAUGAAGCGCUACGAGAACUACUCCGACAUCAUGGUCAGCAUCAAGAAGGAGAUCUCCAACCUGGGCUACCAGCUGCUGCAGAAGGACGCCGCGGCCGUCCCCGACAGCAAGGCCCAGGACACGGCUGGGGGAAAGGGCAAGGAAGCGAGCAAAUACCCCAGCAGCCGGAAGAGCCUGGGGGACAAGGCGGCCGCGCGGGUCGCCAAGGAGAAGCCGCCGAAGCCGGAGAAGCCCAAGAAGGAGGGUGUGAAGGCCAGGGUGGGAGUGCUGCAGCCCACGCCCAAGCCCAAACCCAAGCCCAAGCCCGCCAGCCACCAGCAGACAGUGAUCCGGGGCAUCACCUACUACAAGGCCAGCAGGCGGGAGGAAGCCGAGGGGCUGGUCAGCAGCCGUGAAACCCCGUUGAAGGGGGCUCCUUGGCUGGACCGGCUGGAGGAGAGGAGCCCGGAGACCCACGCCGCGGAGGAGGCCCAGUCCAGAGUCAGCGAGCGGGCAGGGACCACGGCCACAACCACGGCCCCCACCACCUCCACCACCCCCACCACGGUGCCCAGUACCGUGCAUCCCUCCAGCUCCACCCCCCGGGCCUCGUCGGUCAUCGUCUUCUCCAUGGGGGGCGACAGGCCCGAGGGCACCGAGGGGCCGGAGGCGCCUAACCGAGUGAAGGAGGCAGACUGCGAGGGCACCAUCGAGUCGGUGGAGCCGCCCGUCAAGCACCACAGCUACGGGCGCAACGAGGGGGCCUGGAUGAAGGACCCCGCGGCCAAGGAUGACCGGAUCUACGUCACCAACUACUACUACGGCAACAACCUGGUGGAGUUUCGGAGCCUGGACAACUUCAAGCAGGGCCGCUGGAGCAACCUGUACAAGCUGCCGUACAACUGGAUCGGGACGGGGCACGUGGUUUACCGGGGAGCCUUUUACUACAACCGUGCCUUCACCAAGAACAUCAUCAAGUACGACCUGAAGCAGCGCUUCGUGGCGGCCUGGGCACUGCUGCACGACGUGGUGUACGAGGACACCACGCCUUGGAAGUGGAGGGGGCACUCGGACAUCGACUUCGCCGUGGACGAGAGCGGCCUGUGGGUCAUCUACCCCUCCGCGGACUACGACUACUCCCAGCAGGAGGUGAUCGUCCUGAGCAAGCUCGACCCCGGGGACCUGUCGGUGAGGAGGGAGACCACCUGGAAGACAGGCCUCAAGCGCAACGCCUACGGGAACUGCUUUGUCAUCUGCGGCAUCCUGUACGCCGUGGACGUGUACAACCAGAGGGACGGGCAGAUCUCCUACGCGUACGACACCCUCACGGACACCGAGGCCGACCCCAAGCUGCCCUUCCGCAAUGAGUACUCCUACACUACGCAGAUCGACUACAACCCCAAGGACAAGGUCCUCUACGCCUGGGACAAUGGCCACCAGGUGACCUACAGGCUCCACUUCGUGGUCUGAGCGCCGGCCAGCUCCCUGCGUCUCGCUGCAGGCAGGUCCGACUCCACCGAGCACUUGCAGCCGCGCGCGCGGGGAUGAGGAGCCCCGGGCACCGCACGUCGCUCCUGCACUCGGGCUGCCCACCCCCGCGCCCUCCCUCCCACCCGCCUGCUGCCACCCACAGCUCAGCCUUCGCGAUGGGGCUGCCACCUGCAAGGACAUGUUGCGGAGGCGCUGGCUGGAUGCACCUGCGCUUUGGCCAGGACCGGUGCCUGCUGCAAGAUUUCUGCCCUGCCGCUGCGGCCGAUCCCACCCAGCCACACCCAGAGCCGUGCCUAAGACCGGCCCGCACUGCUCCCCCUGGGUCUGGGGGGAGGCCGGGAGGGGAGGCGUAGCUAUCCGUCUGGAGCAGACGCCAGGCACGCGCUCGGCAUCUCGCACGCAGCGUCUCGCCCUCCCUCCCUCCCUCCGGCGCCGCGCUAAGAUACCGGACGUCCAAGCUGGGGACCGGGCUGACUCCCAUUCCCACAAACGCUGCCCUCCCUCUCCUCUGUCACCCGGCAGCUUGAGCAGCCACGGCUCAGCUCUAAGUCUUUCUCACCCCGCUUCGAGCAUGCUUCGGCCUGCUGGAUUCGCUGCCGAGGGGCGCGUGUUGGACCAAAUGGCGUUUGUCUUGUUUAGCCAAAGCCGUUUGCCUCCUGUGACCCAAAGCGACGUGACGCGGGUUGGCCUUCUGGCACCCGGGUCUCAGGACUGGGGUGGCAGCUCGGUGCCCAGGGGUUUCCAGGCUGGCCCGCGUUAGGGGAGAUGUGUACGCAGGACCGGCCACCCCACGCCUGACCCGGGCUCUGUAGCUUCCCCUGUACAUAGUGCCCGCGGGUGGUCCUGGGCAGGGCCGUCUCUUAGGGCUCUGGUGCCCUCCCUUGUCUGCCCCACAGCUGUGCCUGUGUCCAUGUUGGGAGGCACGGAGAUCCCAGCGAGGGGCAAUCAGUUUAGCCCAGUGGUGACCCAGGGUCCUGGAUGCUCUGGGUUUCUCGCAGGGCUCAGGACCAUCUCCCCGUGCUGCCUCUUGCUCUGGGACGUAGGGGGAUAGUGCCAGCUGCACCCACCAUGCAGGGCUCAGAGCAGGUUGAGGAGCUGGACCUCCUGACCGCACAGAGCACACCUCAUGCCCGCUCUGCCCGGCCGCAUGGGGCAGGAUGUUACCAGGCCACGCUCAGUAGUGUGCAAGGGCAGCCCUGCUCUUUCCCCUCCCCUGGAAGCCCUUUUUCCAGGUCGGCGUGCCCUCCCCUGUCCCAGCGAGGCACGGGGCUGGGUGCAGCAGAAGCCCUGCAGGGAACAGCUCCGCACACCAGGCAGCCAGAGGCGUGCAAGGGCUGGAGCAGGAAGGAGGGGAUCUCGGAGCUGCAGGAGUCUCAGAGCAGGUGUCUCAGAGGGCCCCGCCGCGGGCACGAGUGACAACACGCGCAGCCAGGCGAACCUCACAGAUGCAUCAUUGGAAACCCCUGCAGGGUCCUGGGGAGCCGUCUUUCCAAGCUAUCCCUUGCAUUGCUGCCUCCCCUGACCCUGCAGGACCAUGCGCUCCCCUAAGCCAGAAAGGUGGGAAAGUAAGUCCUGGUGCUCCUCGGGCACUGGGGAGGGAGAAGCUCCCGGGUCUCCUUUUCCCAGUGCAGGGAUUCCCUCCCCAUGGGCCCCCAGCAGAGCCGAGCAGCUGGGGAGCAGAGAGCAGCCCCGGUCCCUGCUGUGACCCCCUUUCCUUGCCUCUCCGCAAUGGACAGGGUUGUCCUGGCAGACCCUCCAGCCUGGGGUGCUCCGGGCGUCCUGCCACAACCCUGCGGUCACCACCGAACGGGCACUCAUACUGCUGUCCCCAGCGUCCCGGGGGGACGAGUGCCUCAGCACGAUGCUUGGGGAGGCCACUGGCCUGCAAGGAGACCUCGCUAACCCCUCGUGGGGCGGGGGCUUGAGGGAGAAAGGGUUUCGUGGGUGGCUUAGUGCCAGCAUCAGAAGCGACCACCACCCGCUCUUUCAGGGGUGACGGAUACACCCGAGAUACCGUUGGUUGCUGCAGGUCAUGAGUUCGUUAACUAAACACAUCCAGGGCUGCAGUCCAGAAGCUGCUCAGCUGGCAACCCAGGCCUCCAUACAGCCCCCACGCAGACUAACGCCCCCGGGCAAGGGCAAGGGCAAGGGCAAG